AUGUCGAGUUUCUACCACCCAAACGCCAUACAGAGAUCUAAUUCAGAUCAAGCUGCUUCCAUCCCAAGCACAGAGAUAACAAAUCAAGCCCCAUAUAAAAAGUUUUUUGUCUCGAGAUUGUGGUCUCUUCAACAAUGUGAGAGGUCCCAUUUGUCUGAUUCUGCAGUGAAAAUGAUAGAAAUUCAUACAAUAGUUAAAAGGCUUCCAAAAGAAGAAAACGAAGAACGGAGAGAUGGGAAUACGUUUUGUGUAGUUUGGUGCAUAGACCAGGCCAGUAUCGGCGUGGUCGAGAAAUGGGGCCGGUUCGACAAGUUGGCUCAGCCGGGGUUCAACCUUUUCAAUCCUUUCGCUGGUGAAUGGCUCGCGGGAGUGAUGUCCACCAGGAUCAGUUCCCUCGAUGUCCGCAUCGAAACCAAAACCAAGGACAAUGUCUUUGUGCAACUGCUUUGCUCAAUUCAAUACCGGAUAGUCACACAAAAUGCUGAUGAUGCAUUUUAUGAGUUGCAAAACCCCAAAGAGCAGAUCCAGGCUUAUGUAUUUGAUGUGGUUCGUGCUGUUGUUCCGCGAAUGACAUUGGAUGAGCUCUUUGAACAGAAGGGUGAAGUUGCUAAAUCUGUUUUGGAAGAACUUGAGAAGGUGAUGGGAGCAUAUGGAUAUAGCAUUGAACAUAUACUGAUGGUUGACAUUAUACCUGAUGCUGCUGUGCGCAAAGCAAUGAAUGAGAUCAAUGCAGCUCAAAGACUUAAGCUUGCUAGUGUAUACAAAGGGGAAGCUGAGAAGAUUCUCCAAGUUAAAAGAGCAGAAGCGGAAGCUGAAGCCAAGUACCUUGGUGGAGUAGGAGUGGCGAGACAACGACAGGCAAUUACAGAUGGUUUGAGAGAGAACAUCUUGAACUUCUCUCACAAGGUGGAAGGCGCCUCAGCUAAGGAAGUGAUGGAUCUCAUCAUGGUCACUCAGUAUUUCGACACAAUUAAGGACCUUGGAAACUCAUCAAAGAACACCACUGUUUUUAUACCCCAUGGUCCUGGCCAUGUUAGGGAUAUCACAGAGCAGAUACGCAAUGGGAUGAUGGAGGGUGCCUGUGCUGAAAUAAAAAUCGAGUGAUUUUGGCCCCUGAGCAGUUAUUGUCCAACAUUGCUGCCCUGGGUAAAGUUCUAUCUUUUAAUUUAGAGAGGCUGGGUAAAAUAGAUGGCGUUCAAACUAGUUAAUACAGUUACAUUACAUCAUAUAGUAUAGUGCGUAAUGGCGUCCAUAUUACUGUAUAGUCUCUGAGGUUGUGUAAACAAUAUUUUCAUGUUUUGUUUGAUCAUCAUUUGAAUGGAUAAUUUCUGUUAUUUUGUUUUCAAGGCUGUAUAAGCUCUGGAAACAAGUAUUGCUAAUAA